AUGGCUCCGGGCUCUCGGACCUAUGAGCAAGAUGUACAACCAAAGUCGAAAUCUACCGCCGCCGAGGAUCCUGAGAUUUCCGACUCUCCUCCCGAGUCCUCUAUCCAACCCAUUCGAAGACAGUCCAGCAUUCGCUUUUCUGAAGACAGCAAGAAGCACUCCCAGUCCCCGAUGUCGAGUCAUCGUCGUUUACCAGCAGACUCAGAUGAGGCCACGCCAAUAAGAAACGCAGACGGCCAUGCCAGUCGACGAUAUAACACUGAUUCGACGUCAUCGAUUCCCACUGAUCCCGUCGAGACCCCGCAGGAGCAAGGGCAAGGAGCGAGCGAUGAUAGCAAGAAAAAGCCGUCAUGGUGGAGAGGAAUAGUAGAGAAAUACGGCUCGGUGUCGCUGGAAAACAAGGGUUCAGUCGCACGAGAUCAUCUGGCUUUGGAAAGAACAUUUCUUGCAUGGCUGCGGACCAGUCUGGCAUUCGCUAGUAUAGGAAUAGCCAUCACACAGCUGUUUCGCCUGAACACGAACAUCCAGAGUCGCCAGAAGGCCAUAUCAGCAUUCUACCGCCGCUCUGACGUGCCAUUCUCCCCCAUGGUCGGACAAUCACUCCCACCCGAGUUACUACCAUACCUACAAGAGCUCAUCGCAUCUGCCUCAUCGCUGGCUCCGCAAUCGCUACCGACUCUAGGGCCGACUCUCCUUGAUCAACUACUACUGCUCGGCCCCGCGGAUGAGCAUGGCCAUCAAAUCCGCCACGCGACAGCCGGGCUGAUUCGAGACACGGCGUUCGACGAAGAAAAAGCAGCCCGACUGCGACAUAUUGGAAAGCCACUUGGUGCUACAUUUUUGGGCAUCUCCAUCAUCGUGCUAUUUAUCGGUUUCCACCGCUAUUUCGAAUCCCAGCAUUGGAUCAUGAAGGGGAAAUUCCCCGCCAGCCGGGGGAGUAUUUUUAUCGUGGGGUUUAUCACUGGUUCUUUGAUUAUUGCUAGUUUGGCUGUUGUGUUGGCCAUUGCACCUACGAGUUACGAGAAGAAAUGA